GCUAAUAAUAUUGAUCACUGGUCUAAUAAAAAUGGCCGCCCGUUAUAUAUAUCUCUCAGGCCGAAGAUGGAGAAACAUAAACUAAUUACCAAUGCUCCAAAAACUGGUGCGACCGGAUGAUCUAAAGGGUUGCAACAGAAGGGCUUUUCUUUUCAAUUUGGAUUAUCAGGUAUAUAGUUUUCAUAACUGUGAAUAGCCAUCAUGUGGAGAGGCAGAUCAGGAAAUAGUGAUAGUUAUUGGGACAACAUUGAGAAAAACCUGUAUGACAUGUUUUUCUAUGAAGCUGACAAUAUACAACAGAUAUACCAUGAUGAGGGGCUUGCGGUUCCAAUAUAUCAAAGGCAUGAUAACAAUUAUUCAGAUGGAGAUAAUUACGGAAGCAGUAGUUCUUGGGGGGAGUACUCAGGACAUACAUCAGAUGAAGCUCUAGCAAGACACUUACAGGAGAUGGAGGAUGGUUUCCAAAACUUUUCCUUUGAUGAACACUUUGGAACAGGGGCAGGAGGUGUCAGUCAAGAAGGGCCUUCGUUUUCGGGGGGAGAUCAAGAUAAUGUUGAUCCUGAUAACAUGACUUAUGAGCAAAUCUCCGAAUUAGGACAAUCCAUUGGUAGUGCUAAGAAAGGACUAUCGGUAGAGCAGAUGUCCCGGUUACCAACUCACAAAUACAAAGGAUCAUCUAAGAAAAAAGGCAAAUCUGGUGAUGAAGACUCAGAGUGUGUGAUAUGUAAGAUGCAAUAUCGCCGGGGGGAUGCAUUAAUGACCCUGCCCUGUGCACACAAGUAUCACGAGGAGUGCAUUAAGAAUUGGUUAGGAGAAGACAACAGCUGCUGCGUCUGCAAAGAGGAGGUGGCUGUAUGAUUUGGGGAGGCUUCCAUGGCAGGAAUUACUGCUGCUGUCCACCUUUCUAUAAAGUUGUAUAUGUUUAACUCUUUUAAUUUUUAUUUAGUUCUUUUUACUGCGGUUCCCUUAAACAUUGUGUUAAAUAAGUUAUUCUUUUAAAAAGGACCUGAUCUCUUCGGAACAAAAUCUCGAACGCAUCUUAAGUCAAUGAGAAAAACUGUACUAUUCUGAAUAAUAAUAAGUUUAA